UUUUUUUUCCUUUUCUUCUUUUGUUUAAUUUAAUUUCUUGUUGGAUUGGAAGUGGGUUUGGUAGCUUUCAUGGCAGCGUCAAAGAUCCUAUAUCGUGAUACAGAGUAAAAGCUCCCAUCACUUCCAAAGGCUUCAUUUUCUUUGUAGAAUCUUUUCGAUCGGGUCUCCUUGCACUUACUACAUAAAUUGUUGUUGUUCUUCGCUUGCGUCUUCUCUUCCGCCUUUUCAAUUGCCCCCAAAACCUUCUUUUGGUCCGCUUCGUUCUUGAUUUGCUGUUUCCUCUCGAAACCCAGCGUUAUUUCCAAUAAACUACGAUUGAGUUCAAUUGGUACCGCGUGUUCUAAGUUUAAGGCCGAUGUUUCGGUAUUAGAAACGAGAUAUUUGUGCAUGAAAACCUAUUAGUUACGGAAUUUGCUCGGUGAGUUCGUCUUAAUUAGAUCAUCAAUUAUUUACGGAUUCGUCGUCCCUUCUGCUUUGCGCCUCUGCAAAGUCAUAUGAUCAGAUCAGCAGUCUAAUUUGCCGGCCGGCUGUCGAUGUCAUCCUAUUUCUCGCUUAGUCAAAUUCAUCAGCAAGGGUUUCAAAUUUGGAUGCUUUUGAUGAUGUAUCGUUUCCCCAAAUUUUGAUGCGGAGAGUGCUGCAUCUGAUUUUUACUUUUGAGUAGAUAUAUCGGUGCUGCUAUCAAUGAUGGGUGGGCUACUAAUGGAAGGCACGGUUAAUUCUGGAUGUCCUAAUUACAAGCAAAUUUUCUCCUCGGACGAGAAAAGUUUCUGCUGUGGAUCCACCCAUCCGCCUUCGAUGGGUGAACGAACGGGAGAGAAAUAUCUUAGCGAACCACCACAGGAGAACUUCUCUGAUGCUGCUGAUGAAGAGAGUGAUGAAGAUGUUGACAUAGAAGAGCUCGAACGUCGUAUGUGGAGAGAUAGGAUGCGGCUGAAGCGCUUAAAGGAACAACAGCAGAACAAAAACAAAGAGCAAGUUGACUCUGCAAAGCAGCGUCAGUCCCAGGAACAAGCCCGCCGAAAGACAAUGUCUCGUGCCCAAGAUGGGAUCCUUAAGUACAUGCUAAAGAUGAUGGAAGUGUGCAAUGCCCAGGGCUUUGUUUAUGGUAUAAUUCCAGAGAAAGGAAAGCCUGUAAGUGGUGCCUCUGAUAAUUUCAGGGGUUGGUGGAAAGAAAAGGUUAGGUUUGACCGGAAUGGACCUGCAGCUAUCGCCAAGUAUCAGGCUGAUACUGCCAUCCUGGGGUCCAGCAGCGAAACGAACUCUGCGACUGCAGGCCUUCAUUCGUUGCAGGAGCUUCAGGACACAACACUGGGUUCUCUCUUGUCAGCUCUUAUGCAGCACUGCAACCCGCCUCAGCGAAGGUUUCCCCUAGAGAAGGGAGUUGCACCACCAUGGUGGCCAACUGGGAGAGAGGAGUGGUGGCUUCAGCUGGAAAUACCCAAAGACCAAGGUCCACCACCCUACAAGAAGCCCCAUGAUCUGAAAAAGGCAUGGAAGGUUAGUGUCUUGACUGCCGUAAUCAAACAUAUGUCACCUGACAUCGAAAAGAUACGUAAGCUUGUUAGGCAGUCGAAGGGCCUCCAAGACAAGAUGACUGCGAAAGAGAGCACGACAUGGCUUGCUGUUAUCAAGCAGGAGGAGGACUUCUACAUGAAGAUGCACCCUGAUGCAUGCUUUCCACCAUCGUCUGGUAGUGGCAACACUGGAGCCACCUCCCUUGGUAGCAGCUGCAUUGAAUAUGAUGUUGAAGGUGUUGAUGAUGGUGAGAGCAUGGAUACGGUAAAUCACAAGUCUCAUGCUGAAGUGAAUGCUUUUGAUCUGGGCAGCACCGCAAAGAACGAGAAGACUGUUAUAACUGCUUCUGUGAAGGAAGAGACUAAGAUGGAAUUUAUUCAGAAAAGAGGUGCUGCUGAGCCAGAAUCAAUGCAAAACCAACGAAUCUAUACCUGUGGUAAUGUGCAAUGUCCACAUAGUGAUUUCCGGCAUGGCUUUCUGGAUAGGAAUGCCAGAAACAGUCACCAAUACCUCUGUAAGUAUCAAAACACUAUUCCUCAAGGCAUCGGAUCAGCAAUUAGUGGACCCAAGAUGAAAGGGAACAAGCCACCGAUUUUCUCUUUGCCAUUUAACACCCAACUCGAUCCAACUUCACUCGGAUCAGGGCUCAAUUCCGUUGACAUAUCUGAUGUUGGUGUUCCCUACGAUGGUCAGAAAUCAAUCAAUGAGCUGAUGAGUUUCUAUGACAACAAUGUCAAUGCUAACAAGAACUUGAAUAUGGGCGGCAUAGGUAUGUCGAAAAUGAUGAAUUCUGUUCAACCUAGAAUUCAGAUGGAAGACAACUUUCCCCAAGGGACUAGAUUGGGUGGCAAUGUGUUUGAAGAAGUUGACAACUUGGUGCAGCAGCAGCAGCAGUUCUUAUUCCAUGAGGACAUAAUGCCAUUUGAGCAGCAAUUCGGUGACCAACCCAAUGGAUUGAGUGGUGAUUUCAGCUUUUGUCCUUUCAAUAUGCAUUCCAUGAACUAUUCUGAUACUUUGCAAAGAGAGAUGGGGGAUCCAUUGCAGAAGUCUGAAUCAUUGAACUGGUUCUACUGAGAAGAAAAACAGGAAGCAAACUAAUCUACAUCAACUUUGAGAGAGUUGGAACCAGGCACUCUGCCAAACACAAUGGAGUAGACCCAAGUAUGAAAACCUUAGUAUUUGGGUCCAGGUGUUCUUCCUGUAUUUAAUAAGCUUCCCGUAUUUCCCUGUCAGAUUACUGAACUAAUCCCUUGUACCUUUGGGGUGUGUUCCCCAUGAGGUCUCAUGAGAUGUUCAGGUUGUAGGUGUUUGCAAUAUUUAUGGGGACCGGCAGUCGAUAGUGUAAACCCAUACUGCUUUGUAAUUAUGGACAUACCAUAUCUUAAAUCUAUAUUUAGAUUAAUUAGUACAUUGGUUUUGCUGUUGUUCA